AUGGGUUCCUGGCGCUUCUGCGUCCUCCAAGGCGCGCGUCUGCGCUGGUACCGCAGUCAACAAACCGCCGAGACGGACUCGCAGCUGCGGGGCGAAGUCUGGGUCCAGAGUCUCGAGCCCUGGGACGGCCGCAGCGCCUUCGCCCGCACGGCCGCCCACGCCUUUGCCAUCCGCACAACGUCCAAGCGGCUGCUGCUCUGUGCGGCGCAGACGCCUCUGGACGCUGCGCGCUGGCGCCACGCGCUCGAGACGGCGCUCACCCAGGCCAAGAGCUCGGUAAGGGACCUCCAGUCACGUGUCCCGGACGACGGCGGGCGUCGGAUCGUGCCGUCGGAGCGGCGGCGGCGGCCGUCGACGCCACGCGAUGCGUUCCCAAUCGACCGUCCGACGGACGCGCCGUCGUCGGUCACGAGCGGUUCGGACCACGACCGCGUCCAGAAGACAGUGGGGACAGCUUUAAGAGGAGAUUCCGGGUGCAACGAGUGUGGGACGCGGUUCCGGUCGCUCGUGGCCAGGCGCGUCGUCUGCGGCUCGUGCGCCCGCGCGUUCUGUGGGAAACACUGCAGUGGCGGCGUCCGGUUGGAGCACUUGGGACUCCGAGCGGUGCGACGCUGUUGCGACCACUGUGUCCAGCGGCAGGAGUUUAUCCGGUACUUGAAGAUCAUGACGCGGGUCUUGGGCCCGUUGGCGGGUAAAGGGGCUUCGAUGGACGCUCUGAUGGCAGCAACUCGGACUGAGGAGGACGUGAGGGGCUUGAUGACGAUGGAGAAGUUGCGGCGUCAACCCAUGACGCUGAACCGCACGAUCAAGAUUUUGUACCAGACGCGGAAGAAGCCGCAGCUGUUUCGAGUUGCUUGUGAACGGCUGCCGUUUUAUACUGAGACGUGUGUCGAUCGGGUGGAGAAUCUGUGGUACCAGUUGCUGCAUCUCGUGCAGUGUCUGGAUGCAGAACCCAAGCCACGCUGUGCCCUUCAGCUCUUUUAUCUGCAGCGCUAUAUCCGGGCUAUCUGUCGUCGGUGUCCACGGAUUGCACUGCAGACGAUUUGGCAUGUCCAGGCGUCGGCUGCGGACGGGAGAUGCCACAAUUUACACCCCCACACGUUGUUGUCGCUGCUAGGGUUUAUCUACCCGAACACGACGUUGCCCGAGAGCUCGCAUAUGUUGAGUGUGUGGAAGGAUCUUGUCUUUGCUGAUUGCCCGGAACACCAGCUCGCGCAGAUCUUGGCUGACUUGCGUCAGGUCAAUGCUGAUAUGGAGAAACUCAUCUCACUUGAGCCAGAGUCGAUGAUGGAGCGAUGGCUGAAUGCCAAAACGCGGCUACAGUUUGAACAGUGUGCGGCAGAGUUGGCAGCUUCAGGGAUUGAAGUGUGUGAAUUCCAGUCGAGCAUUCUGUACGAUUCAUUGGAGAUUGAAGGGAGCGAUCAAUCGGAUGAUUUACCGGGAUCUGGGAUCAACUCGCUGGUUCUGGAACAAGUGAGUUUUGUGCAGUCGAUGGCGGCCAUUAGCGAACGGCUGCGUCACAUUCAACCUGUAUCAGACCGUGGCAAGUACUUGGCUGGCGAGUUGAAGACACUCAAUAGCACACUCCAAUCAUCGGCGCUGUACCCUCUCAGUGCGGCAUCCGACGAGCUGUACCAGGUUGUGCGCAUCCCGCCGGCAGAAGGCAAAGUGUUUUCUACCAAAAUGCGCGCACCCACUCUCAUCUUUGUCGAGACGGUUCCAGUGCAAAGGGCUGACGCGUUUGGUCUCGAUGCCUAUGAUGCCGAUCGUCUCCGUCCAUUCGUAUUCAGCUCUCAGCCUUGCAACUCCACUUUUUUUGAGUCUGUAGUUUUUGAUGAAAUUGAAGCCUCAGGUGUGUCGUUAAGUGGAGAUACCAUGAUGUCCCCGUGCACCAGCUCGAGACUAGCGACACAUACGCCGACGAGCACAUUGACUGGGUAUGUGAGCUGUCCCGGUGAUAUGGUUCCACAGCAGGCAUGCAGUCAUUCGGCUAACGUCUCCAAGAGGGUAACUGAUAAACAAGCCAGUGGUCCUGGCUGUAAUGGAGGUCCGCAAAUGCAUCAACCUAAGAACGGACGAGAAGCAUCUGCUUUUGUGAAUGGCAAGCGCCGCACGGGUCGUGGUAGUAAAAUGGGUGGUGGGGCACGUACUGGACAUUCGGGCGUCGAAAACUUUGUAUAUGACAGUAAAGUGUUUGGUGAGAGUUGGGAGGAACGCAAGGCGCGUAUCCAAAAGGAGUCGCCAAUGGGCAAAUUGCCUGGGUGGAACCUUUUUUCUGUGAUCAUCAAGACAAACGAUGAUUUGCGUCAGGAGGUGUUUACAAUGCAGCUUAUCCACAAACUUAAGUCAAUCUUUGAGUUUGAGGCUCCACACUUAUGGCUACGCACCUACAGAAUUGUUGCCACCGGAGCCAACAUUGGUUUACUGGAGACGAUAACCGAUGCUUGCUCGCUGGACCAUCUCAAGAAGACGUUUCCCGGUGGCAAUUUGUUUGAGUACUUCCGCAGUGUGUACGGUGACGUGUCCGGUCCAGAGUUUAUUGCUGCACAGCGCCGCUUUAUCGAAAGCUUGGCAGCGUACUCUAUUGUCAGCUACGUGCUGCUGCUCAAAGACCGUCACAACGGCAACAUCUUGCUCAGCUCUGAAGACCGUAUCAUUCAUAUCGACUUUGGCUUCAUUCUAGGCAUCGCUCCUGGUGGCAUGUUCAGUGUUGAAGAUGCUCCGUUCAAGUUGACGAAGGAGAUGAUGGACGUGAUGGGAGGCGUCGGUUCCUCUGGCUAUGCACGCUUUCGCGGUUGUCUGGUCGAGGGUUUCGUGGCUCUGCAAAAGUAUCAUUCCGAGAUUACCGCGCUAUUGCAGACCACGGGACAGCACUCUCCGUUCCCUUGCUUUAAUGGUGCAAAGCUAGGGCGCGUUGUCGCUGACCUGCGUACACGUUUAUGCGUUGGAUGUUCGCGACAGGAAAUUCGUCACCGCGUGGACUAUUUGCUGCGCAAGAGCUACAAUGCCUGGGGAACUCGACAGUAUGAUUCGUUCCAGUUGCGUAGCAACAAUAUUUACCCCUAG